UCCUCCUUCUUCUGACAGCUGCAUCGGCCUAAUUCUGCCGUCAUCAGUCCCUUUAGCAUCCCUUGGAGAAGGGUCCAGUCCAAAUCCCUUGCCUGGAAAGUUGCCUCCCUUGCAAGGCCUUCCUUGCAGCAUCUUCCCCAUCGGCCAGACCAGACUGAAAGAGUGGGCUUCCUUCCCAUUCCUGCAUCCCUUUUUGGCUGGGUUUUAUCCCUCCUCCUGCCUCCUAUUCCUUUUCCCUUCCCUCUCAGCCACAAUGGACUCUCCCGUCACCCAGCCAGCAGCUGCUCUUGCGGUUGCCUUGCCUCCUUCUUCUCCUCCUUCUUCUUCUCGGAGGCUGCAGUGUUAACGCCACUCUGGUCCCCUCCUGCUGCACAUCUCAUUUUUGCCAUUUGACACGGCGGUGGUGGCGCACGGCAGAGAUGAGCCCUUGAAGCCAGGAGCAUCUUCUCUCUCCAGCAUCCUUGGGUACCACUGGAGGGCCAUUUCCGUGCCGUCCGAGAGACUCUCUUCCCCGAGACUUUGGCUUCCAGAAACGGAGACGGGAAACGGAUGGGGAUUGUCAUCCAGGUUCCUCAAAGCAGUGGUUCUUCCCUGCUGACUGGAAAGUUAGGGCUCAGCUCCUAGUAGUAGUCAGGGCUUAGCCCCUAGUAACUUACUACGGGUGGCAGAACAUUCUUGAAGAAGAUACUGUCCGGCCUUUGGAGCGCUGAACCAAAAAGACUUCUUCUGGCAAUCCCUGGCACAGGACAUUUGUAUUCCUUCGUCUUUCCUUGCACUCUUCCAAAGUAUUUGUGAACCAGGUUGGAGCCAUGGACGAAAACUUCAAAGACCGGACCGCCUUUAUCCGUGGCGCCAAAGACAUCGCCAAGGAGGUGAAGAAGCAUGCCACCAAGAAAGUGGGCAAAAGCGUGGACCGGGUGCAAGAUGAAUACACCAAGCGGUCGUACACCCGCUUCGAGGAAGAGGAUGAUGACGACGACUACCAACCCCAGGACGGCUAUUAUCGCGGGGAGCCCUCCGUUGAUGACGAGGGGGCUUCCAGCGACGCCACUGAAGGCCACGACGAAGACGAUGAGAUCUACGAGGGGGAAUACCAAGGCAUCCCGCGCAACGACUCCCUCAAAGGCGGGGACCACUUGACAGCCAACCAAGAGGUGGUGAGCGAGUUCAGGGACUUUGACGACUUCGAAGGGGACAAGAAGAAGGAGAAGGAAGAGCUGGCCCAGCAGUACGAGCUCAUCCUCCAAGAGUGUGGACACGGGCGCUUCCAGUGGACGCUCUACUUUGUCCUGGGACUGGCCCUCAUGGCUGACGGGGUGGAGAUCUUCGUGGUGGGCUUUGUCCUCCCCAGCGCCGAGAAGGAUAUGUGCUUGUCAGACUCCAACAAAGGCAUGCUGGGUCUCAUCGUCUACCUGGGGAUGAUGGUCGGGGCAUUCCUGUGGGGAGGUCUAGCAGAUCGGCUGGGACGGAGGCAAUGCCUCUUGAUGUCCCUCUCCGUAAACAGCGUCUUCGCCUUCUUCUCCUCGUUUGUCCAGGGAUACGGCACUUUCCUCUUCUGCCGCCUCCUCUCCGGCGUUGGGAUUGGGGGCUCCAUCCCCAUCGUCUUCUCUUACUACUCAGAGUUCCUGGCCCAGGAGAAACGGGGAGAACAUCUCAGCUGGCUUUGCAUGUUCUGGAUGAUCGGCGGCAUCUACGCCUCCGCCAUGGCAUGGGCCAUCAUACCCCAUUACGGGUGGAGCUUCCAAAUGGGCUCCGCCUACCAGUUCCACAGCUGGCGCGUCUUCGUCUUGGUUUGCGCCUUCCCGUCCGUCUUCGCCAUCGGUGCCCUCACCACUAUGCCAGAGAGCCCACGCUUCUUCCUGGAGAAUGGGAAGCAUGACGAGGCUUGGAUGGUGCUGAAGCAAGUGCAUGAUACCAACAUGAGGGCCAAGGGACACCCAGAACGGGUCUUUUCGGUGACCCAAAUCAAGACUAUCAAACAGGAGGACGAACUGGUGGAGAUCCAGUCUGAUACGGGGACUUGGUACCGGCGCUGGAUGGUCCGCUUCUUGAACCUAUCACAACAGGUCUGGGCGAAUUUCCAUCAGUGCUUUGCUCCUGAAUAUCGCCGGGUGACACUGAUGAUGAUGGCUGUGUGGUUCACCAUGUCUUUCAGUUACUAUGGCUUGACCGUCUGGUUCCCGGAUAUGAUCAAACACCUCCAGAAUAUUGAGUACGCCUCCCGUACCAAGGUCUUUAUCAAUGAGUCGGUGCGCCACAUCACUUUCAACUUCACUUUGGAAAACCAGAUCCACACCCGUGGGGAGUACUUCAACGACAAGUUCAUUGGCCUCAAGAUGAAGUCUGUCUCGUUUAUCGACUCUUUGUUCGAGGAGUGUUAUUUCGAGGACAUCACCACUAGCAAUACUUUCUUCAAGAACUGCACUUUCAUCUCUUCCGUCUUCUACAACACAGACCUCUUUGAGUACAAGUUCAUCAACAGCCGGAUCAUUAACAGCACUUUCCUCCACAACAAGGAAGGUUGUCAGUUGGACUUCAGCGACGACAACAAUGCCUACAUGAUCUAUUUCGUCAGCUUCCUCGGCACCUUGGCUGUCCUCCCGGGGAACAUCGUCUCCGCUCUCCUGAUGGACAAGAUCGGGCGUCUCCGGAUGCUGGCUGGUUCGAGUGUCAUGUCCUGCGUGAGCUGCUUCUUCUUGUCCUUUGGCAACAGCGAGUCAGCCAUGAUCGCCCUCCUCUGUCUCUUUGGUGGGGUCAGUAUAGCCUCCUGGAACGCCCUGGACGUCCUGACGGUCGAACUGUAUCCCUCGGACAGACGGACGACUGCUUUCGGGUUCCUCAAUGCCUUAUGCAAGCUGGCCGCCGUCCUGGGCAUCAGCAUCUUCACGUCUUUUGUCGGCAUCACCAAAGCGGUGCCCAUCCUCCUGGCCUCGGCGGCUUUGGCUGUGGGCAGCUCUCUGGCCCUGAAACUGCCGGAGACACGGGGCCAAGUUCUACAGUGAGAGCAAUAGUGAGAAAGAGAAAGCGAGAGGGAGAGGGAGAGAGAGAGAUUCGCACUCGGGCCCUGUCCUGCCCCUGCCCCUUUCCCACUUCGGGAGAGAUUUAGAGUCGUAGAGACACUGUGACCGUCGUCUUAAUGUCGUUCUCAUUUCAACAAGCAGGGGUCAAGACAAAUCCAUCAUCCGUAAUAAUUUUUUUUGUCCCCUUUUCACAAACUCCCUUGGUCCCGAUUAAUCCCCUGCCGUCCCACUUUCCCAGCUGCUUUUUCGAACGUCCUGGUUCCUCUCUUCUCCUCCUUCCUUCAUCCUCAGCUUACUUCGGUUGCGGCAAACUAAGUUCAGAGUGCAAAAUUCGUUUGCGCCCAAAGGAGAGCAGAAGGCAGGAUCUUUCCCUUCCCAGUUGGUUCAAGGAAAAGCAAACUGCCGCUCCCAGUUUCUUCCGCAUUAAUAACUUCUGCCCUCUUGACUGCACAUUGGCCAGUUUUCAUAUUUGGAGGGUAUAUUGUCCAAAUCCCUUCCUAUCGCGCUUCCCCAAAUCUCCCCCAUGAUUUUUUUUGUGUCCAAGUGAAUCUGCUCCCGGGUUGGAGUCAAAAAACAGAGGGGCAUCUUUCUCUCUCUGCCCCAAAUGCGGAAGGAAAGAGGUUGGAUGUUGAAAUAUGGACAGGGGGUUGCCGAGACCCCCGUCCAAAAACCUUAUGGCAUUUCAGGGUACCCUGCCCCGACUCGCCCAUCCGAGGCGGGCGUCCAAAUAAUCCGCGAGAGGGAUUCGGUGAUGCGACCUUUCGCACCGACGUGUAAACGUGUCUGACAAAAACUCACAAGCGCUUGGGUGUGCCACGUGUUCCAAUCAACCCGUCUCCUUUUCCCCUCCGUCUUUGGGAUAUUUUAUUUUGUCUGUGUGUAUGUGUGUGUAUGUUGUGUGUGUGUGUAUUAGUGUACGUAUGUCUGUACAGAAUCAAUGCAAAAGACACCGACCCAAUCCCACCUUUUGUGCGUGAUCUACAAAGACCAUAACCCAAUCUUAGUGUCCGUUAUUUCGGGUAUAAAAGGAACCCACCGACGAUUAGCCUCCGUUCAGGUGUUAUCACUUCGUUUAGCUUGACGUUUCCAGGUUUCCUAGUGGAGUUUUCCCCGUUUUUUCCCGUUGGGCCACGGAGUGGUUUGUUUUGGGGGCGAAAUUUCUGCACGAUGUUAAGACAGGCCUUUUGUAUUUGUGUUUCACCCACAUUCGUUUGUAUGGCUGGGGAAUUCGCCAGUAGCGGGUCUGGUUUUCUCCGUUGGGGGUUCGAAGGAAGAUUAUUUGGUGGAUAGUAAUCCGUGGUUUCUUGGCUUUCCUUUCGCUCAUCUCCCAAUCUGAUUCUCUCCAAAUUAAAAUAGACGUUAUUUGUACUAGGGAGGCAAAACCUUCAUUUGCUUUCGUUUUUUUGCGUAAGACUGAAUCGCAUUGUUGGUUUGAGAAGUUGACAGCUUCUGUGCCGUUUUCUUUGGGACUUCUUUUUGAGAAAUUUGCUCCAUAAAAUAUGGCUUUUCCCCGUAUAAAAUGUUUGGUUCGCCUUUAACUUCCCCUGAGGCUGAGAGAAUACUUGCUCAAGAUUACCCAUUGGGUUUUCUUUGCAGAGCGUGGAUUUGAACCUUGGGUUUAUUGUAUCUUAGUCCAACAUUCAAACCACUGCCCUAAAACCUUGUUUGAAAAUGGCAAAGAUGCACAUCUGGGCACUGGUAUUUGGAUACGUAUGGGGCACUUCUGAUGUGCAUCAGGCACUUUUAAUGUGUGUUGAAUACUUCCAAUGGGCAUCUGCAGUUCUUUUGUAUCCCAGUAUUUCCUAGCCUGGGUCCGGAUGUGUGUUGGGCAGCACCAUGAUGCCCAUUUUGGUGCCUGUUGUGCAUUGAGGCCAUGGCACAUUGGUCACUCCACCGGCUACCAUUGCAGAACGAGUGCCAUAUAUCGUAACAUUGCAAUGAGGUGCAUAAGGAGGUUGCAAAACUCGUCUGCCCAGGUGGCACUAAAGCACAAAACCCUCUUCCCUCUUCUCUUGCAGUGCUGCCAAAAUCCCCCCAAAUUCUCAAAAAUAUAACAAAACAGGAUUUUGGGGAGGGGGCCUUAUUUAUGCCGUGGGACCAUAUUUUCUUCCAGCGUACGUAACCAUGAAUUUGAAAAAUUCAGAAAUAGCCCUAUCUCCUGGCUCUUGGAUCCCAAAGAUGUGGGAUUUUUGUGAGCAAUUUUGGAGAGGUUUAAAUAGGAACCUGCCAGCUUUUUCUUCCAGACUGCCAAAAGAACCAAGGGAUGUAAGCAUGGAAGCUGUGGACAAAACAGCACAGCUGGCGAGCCUGGCUUCCAGAUUAUCUUGGACCAAAAUUUUGGAUGUGGGGCAUUUUAACUUGACUAACAACAUUUGGAAGACCUUGGUCUCGAUCCGUGCCCGUUUUCUCUUUGGCAAAGGCUUUAAUGUCCCUUUUUAGGCUCGCCAGAUAUCGUUGGCUGCAUCUGCACUGCAGAAUUAGAUGCCACGAGAACAGAAAUGUCUCUUACCUAGGGAAUCAUGGGAUUUUUAGUUUGGAGAGGUACUUACAGCUCCAUUGCAAUGAGAGCAUAAUGCUGUCGUUCAGGGGAGUGGGCUAAAGAAAGAUGGAGUGCCUUUUCAAAGUACAUAUCCCAGAGUUCGCCAGGAUUGAGAUAUGGCUGUUAAAGUGGCACCAAACUGCUGUAAAUUCUGCCGUGCGGAUAUGCCAUCUGUGGAUCCAAAAAGUGGGUUUCAUUGGGAAACUCGCUCUCUUAAGUCCCUGUGCCAGAGAUUCUCCUUGCCCUGAAAAUCACCACUUGGAAAGGAAAGUAUUCCAGAUAAAUAGACAUCUAGUUGGAAAGCGAAAUAAUUUGGAGGACUAUCUCUCUUUGGAGGUCUUUAAACAGAGGUUGAAGAGGCAUCUUUUGGGAGUGUAGUGGUUGUGUAUUCGUGUAUGACAGAAGGAGUUUGGACUAGGUGACCCUAUUGGUUUGGACUAGUUGGCCCUAUUGACCCCGUUGGUUUGGGUUUGGACUAGUGAGCCUAUUGACCCUAUUGGUUUGGACUAGGGGUUGGACUAGGUGACCCUAUUGGCUUGGACAAGGUGACCCUAUGUUUGGACUAGGGUUUGGAGAGGUGAUCCUACUAGUUUGGGCUUGGACUAGGUGACGCAGCAGUUUGGACUAGGGUUUGGAGUAGGUGACCCUAUUGGUUUAG